GGCUGGCUGUGUAAUGUCUUUACUUUUGCCGCCACGCGUUCCUGUCGCACUGACGGUGCGUAAAGACCGAAGGCAGGACGCGCAGCGCAAUUGGGAUAGAAACGCCGCUCUCCAACGUUCCAAGUUACUUUAACCUCUCCCCGUCUACAAUCUCCAAUGAAGAUUUUGCUUAUUCCGUCAAGUUACUAUCCGUGAGAAUUCGCUUUUUUAGCCAUGAGCUGCUUGGAUGUUAUGUAUCAAGUGUAUGGUCCACCACCUCAGCCUUAUUUUGCCGCAGCGUAUAGCCCAUAUCAUCACCAGAAAUUGGCAUUUUAUUCCAAAAUGCAAGAAGCGCAAGAGAGCAUCAGCGGGGGCAGCUCGUUCUCAAAUCUCCCUGGGCCGACGAUAAAGGAGGAAGACUGCGCGCGAGAGAAGGAUCACCCUCCGGAGGCCGAGUACCUGAACUCGCGAUGCGUGCUUUUCACCUACUUCCACGGGGACAUCAGCUCCGUGGUGGACGAGCACUUCAGCCGGGCCCUCAGCCAGCCAACCAGCUACGUCCACGGGUCGGCUAGCAACAAGUCUGCACGAGAUGGAUUAUUCCCGAUGAGCCAGAGGAGUUUCCCCCCAUCCUUCUGGAACAGUGCGUACCAGCCCUCGUCCCUGAGCAGUGCCUUAGGAUCCUCCUACUCAGACAUACCCUUCCCUGGGGACCCCUACUCCUCUGCCUCUCUACACAGCCACCUCCACCAGGCCACCCCAGAGCCCUGGCACCACUCACACCACCACCAUUCUUACUCACUCGGUGGGGCCAUCGGCACCCAGGGCUCCCCCUACCCUCGACCCAGCAUGCACGAAGUCUACGGAACACACUUUGACCCCCGCUACAGUUCUUUGCUGGUGCCCUCUGUCCGGCCGCACCGGCUCCCUCCAUCCACUGUCCCCGGACCCAGUGCCUCACCGUGUGACAUUGGGAAGAGCGAAUCAGCCAGCUCGGCCUGGACUGGGGCGUUCACAGGGGCAGGGGCAGACAUCAGCCAGAGCAUCGGCCUCAAUGUGGAUGCAGGUCUGCAGGUCCAGGAUAAGAGCAAGGACUUGUACUGGUUUUAAAGCUCUGCUGCCCUCCCAGGCCCGAGCUGGCCUCUGUGUUUCUCUGCACUGUAUGAUAUUGACAGACAUUUUCUGUAACAGAUUCUAAUCUCACUUGCAGCUCGACGCUACACCUUCAGUGGCGGAAACAUCCUCAGCUGAAAUUACUCGGAUACUCUCUGCUGGAAAUGCAGUGGACAAGGGAGAGAAUCAAAACCAUGCAGGACUUGCUGGACAGCUUGCCAGAAAUGCUCUGUGGUGUGACUGACAAAAUGUUAUCUGGCCAAGACUGAACACUUUCCUCCAAAGAGGACACUUGUUGAAAAAGAAAAAAAGAGUGAAACUGGAAAGUAAAAAAAUAGAUUUGACGAGAGCAUACUCGAAGACUGGAAAAACACUAUUUGCUAUUGUGUUUAUAUAUAUAUAUAUAUAUAUAUAUAUAUAUAUAUAUAUAUAUAUAUAUAUAUAUAUAUGAAAGGUGAGGAGCAAGAGAGAGGAGCAUUCUCUAACAUGACUGAAGUGAACAGCGACUAUUUGAAGCCAUUUGACUCUGUCUUGCUCCCCAGCAGCUGUCAACGACAACUGUUUCAGUACUCAACGGACACACACAACUGUAGUGUCACUGCACAGUGUUUGACCAGGGGCUCUGGACUUCAGAAAUGGAGCAUUUUGUCAAAUCUGGACCUCGACCCACAGGGAACAACUGGUUUGACUGGUGAUUUUGAGGUGCGGGGUGGACAGGAGGUAGCAGAUGUGGACACGCACAACUGUGCUAUGUAUGUCUGUGUGCCAUAUCUGGGCAGUGCUACAGUAUAUGUGAUCUUUAUGUACUUAUUCCCCAUUGUUUUUCAGUCAUCCCAGGUAUAAAGCAAAGUCAAAAUCAAACAGUCAUUAUCCAUGGUAUAUUGUAUUGUGAACAUAUUAAUAUAUUGACCUUUUUAAAGUAUUUUUUCUUGAUACAGUUGUAAUGUAAUGUCAAUGUGUUGUAUGCCUCAGCCUGUAAUUAUAAAGCAAUGGGACAAUGUGAUUAAAACUCAACUUUAGAGAUAAAAUGUGUAGUCUAUAGAAUACACAAUUUCAUAGACAGUUCAUUUGAAGACUAUCCUGUUUGAUGAUGUGAGUUCUGGUCAAUUUCGUCAAUGAUAUAAUGUGUACAAAAUAGAUAUCGUUCAGCCAUCUGCAAGCACAACUUAAAGGAAAAUGCCAACCCCAAACUUUUGCUAUUCGUUUCAUUAGUCCAUUGUUGACAAAAAAAUGUUUUACUUGUCAGCAAUCAAGUUCUCAAGAUACGCAACCUUCAAAAUACAGAAAUCAUCCCCUAUGAUGUAACUUGCAACAUGUGAUGCUGUGUUUUGCAUCAUAUGACAACAAUGGACUAAUGAAACAAAUUCCAAAAGAUAGUUUUGGGGUGGACUUUUCCUUUAGGUGUUCAAUUUUUAACUUCCACUAAUGCAUUGUCAGUGUACUGGGGUUUGCAUUAACCUUAAAUCAUUCUCUUGAAGAUACUGAAUGCUGAUGCUUCAACUUGUCAAUGUAAAGACAUAUUUCUAAAGGGCAUUCAAUACCGAACACGAACACCAGCAAAAGUCUAUGAAGUAUUUGUACAGAAUAGUAUUUGACCUUGUCUGGAAGAGUACUAUUCAAGAACAUUCAACUAAGAUGUUCUUGAGAAGAGCUACUUUAUUAAGGAAAAAUGGACUGUGAUUGUGAUAUGUGGUUGUCCCACCUAGCUAUCUUAAGAUGAAUGCUCCAACUGUGCGUCACUAAAUAAGAGUGUCCGCUAAAUGACUCAAAUGUUCAAAUGUAAGAGGCCAGGGAUAUUUCUUUCACUAUAUUCAACACCGUCUGUAUUUUCUCCAAGGACAUACUUUUCUCCUCGAAGACAUACAAAAGGCUACAUACAAACAGGCCACAAUUAACACAGAACUUAAUGAUCGGAGGGAGAAAAGGCAAUGGAACGGUCAUAAGAAUCAGGGGGCUGAAAAGGACAUAGGGGAAAGAAAAGACCUUUCCAACAAAUUCAAACAAAAAUAAUGUGUGAGGCUGCCGUCAUGUGUUCCCUUUCUUAGUUGUGUUUCAGUUUAGCACUGGACAGCUGUAGAUUAAUAUCAGCUUCUGACAAAAGUGAUGAAUGACAAGAGAGAGGUGGAGGGUCUCUCACUCCCCGGAAAACCUCUAACAAAGGAAUAUUCUCAGAGACAUUUUUGUUUUUAGCAGUUAAUGGGGAUACCGUGCAAUUGGCAGGUAAAAUAGGCCACAUGCAGUGUUUGGGUCAAUUCAUUACUGCAUCUAGGCUAAGUGGAAAAUGAUUGAUGCAUUUUAAAUCUAUUAGUGUGUGUGUUCUUAUAACAUAAUUGUUAUUGGUAGCCUAACAUCAAAGUGUGGGCUAUUCAGCGACAUCAUGGGUAAAAACAAUUGCUUGUUUAAAUGGGAUAUAUAACCUACUAUGAAAAAAGGGCAUAGCAUAACAGAUUGGUGUGUAGGCAAUAACAGACCAAUGUUUUGUUUGAGUGUGCCACCCAGAACUGUUCAUAUGGAAAACGCGAGUCUUGUUCCCAUGCCGUCGGCACCACGUGUCUGACUCGGACCUGUUGCAAAGCGUGCGAGCAGGCUGGUCCUCGGAACAUGCGACGGGACACUCGAUAGCCUUUCGUGUCUCUAUUAGGUAUAUUUGUGAGGUUAACGCAUAAACUGAAGGCAAGAACUCGGAAAUUGUUGGUUGCUAUAGAGAUCGAGCGGAGCUGUCAUUAACAUUAUCCUAAAAACACCAUUUAUGGAGUGUGUGAUCUGGCUCCAGUUGUCACUGUGCGUGACCUUCAGCCUCUGCGGGACAAUGAGCUACCACAGAGUUACCGCAAGUCAGCACAAAGACAACAGGAGCACUGCCUCCGCUAUUCCAGCAUCAUCUCAAUUUAAGCAUU